CUAAAUCCCUAAUCUUCAAAUCAUUUCAUCUUUUUUUUUUUUUUCUUUUUUCGCCAUCCCUCUUUCAAUAAUCUUCAUUGACCGACCUUAAUUGGUUCUUGGCCAAGUUAUAUUUCCUUUUUAUCCUCUUAAUUUUUACACAAGAUGAAGAAUGUUGUUAAGUUUGAGACUUCACCAUUACUCUCGAAACGUGAAGUGAGUUGGAAGGGAAGUGUUUCAAGUGUUGAUACUUAUGAAAGUGUUGCUACUCCUACAUGCAAAUGUGGGAAAAAGUGUAUCCUAUACAUCUCAAAGACAUCUAAAAAUCCUAACACACACUUCUUUAGGUGUCCUUAUUUUAAGCAACAAAGACCGCAUUGUAACUACUUCGUGCAAAAGGAUAAAUUUCUUGAGUCACAAACUACAAUGGUUGAGUUGCAGUCAAAACCUACAAUGGUUGAGUUGCUUGAAGCCAAGAUUAAUCAAUUGGAGAAAGAUGUGAAAGUUAUGAAAAUUAAGAUAGAGAAUGAUAUUGAAGUCAAAAUUAAUCAAUUAGAGAAAAAUAUGGAAGUCAAAAUUAAGCAAUUUGAGUGGGAUAUGGAAGUCACUAAAACUCAAAUAAUUGAAAUGCAAGUGAAGAUGGAAGAUGUAAAAAAUUGGAAACGAUGUGUAAAGGCAGUAGGGGUUGUGAUUGUAAUUUGGUUAUAUCCUUUUAUAUUUGGGAGUAAGAAAAGAUUGUCUAAGUAGUACUCUUAAUUUAUAAAAUAAAAUAAAAAACAAGAUUGUCAAAGUAGUGUAUUAAACUUGAUGUGUUGAUUUUUUGACAAAGUGGAGAUCUUCUCAAAUAGAUAAGACGAAGAUGGUGAAUAAUCCUCCGGUUAAACCUCUCUACUUAUCUUCUAGCAGACAAGAUGGGGAUUGGUUACCCUAGAGCUUUGUUAUUUUGUAUUCUUUUUUUAUCUUUUGUCUUUCCUUAUGUUACAAAAAAAAAUGGUUUGUGUGUAUUUAUUUUUUUU